AAGAUUCUAACAACACUCGCUUAACAUUCGACACUCAUUACGAUGCGUGCUACGAGUCUUUUUGGUUUUACGCUUCUCUAUGUGCUACCGUUCGCUGCUGCGCAUGGAUAUGUUCGGUCACUCACUAUUGAUGGCAAGAAGUUCAAGGGUAACGUCCCGAAUGGCGCGACGAAUCCUAGUGUGAUCCGACAGGUUAAUAGCGUCGAGCCGGUGAAGGGCGCGACAAACAAGGCACUUAAUUGUGGUCCAAGCGCGAAGAAGGCUUCGUUACUCGCGGAUGCCAAUCCUGGAAGCACACUUGAGUUUGACUGGGCCGGCGGUGACGGUAGCAACUGGCCACAUAACAUUGGGCCUAUGAUGACUUACCUUGCCUCGUGCGGUGAUACGACAUGUGACAAGUUCGAUGGUAGUGAUGCGAAGUGGUUCAAGAUCGAUGAGGUUGGAUUGAAGGGAGAUAGUGGUAGUACUUGGUUCCAGCAAGACCUCAUGAAUGGCAAGACAGCCAAGGUUAAGCUCCCCAACAACCUUGCUUCCGGCCAGUACCUCGUCCGGCAUGAGAUCAUCGGAUUACACAUCGCCGAAAAGGAAGGAGGCGCUGAGUUCUAUCCCUCUUGUGCACAGCUCAACGUCGGCGGGAACGGUUCGGGUAAACCAAGCUCGAGCGAACUCGUCUCCCUGCCUGGUGCAUAUAAGGAUACUGACCCGGGUAUUUUGUUCAAUGCUUUCGACGGGAAUAAGAAGUAUACUUUCCCUGUACCGAAGGUUGCGGCUCUCGUUGGCGGUGAUAGCAAUACUGAUUCCGGGUCUGGGUCGGACAAUUCAGAUGACAACUCGACUCGAGCAAAUAACGUGGCUACGAACACUGCUAGCGGUGACGACGGCGCCUUGCCUACUGCUUCCACCGAGGACAGCUCUCCAUCCUCCUCCAGCUCGGGGAAGAACGGCGGCGGCAGUGGUAAGGGCAAUGGUAAAGGAUGCGGAGACGACUCCGACGAUUCUGGCUAUGGCUCUGAACCUAAGUCCAAGUCUUCUACUGAAUCGCAGACCGUCUCCGCAUCUGUCACUGCAACGCCCGCUCCGACUCCAACUUUGUCAUCCAACGUAGACGGACAGAGCGGACAAAACGGAUCCGUCCUCACGUCGUUCGCUACCACCUCAACCAUCGUCCUCGACUCCAUCCCCACCGACGCUGUUUCCGAGUCUCCGAAGCUCCGCCCUCGCCGCGUUAGCCGCGUGAUGCGACAUCUCCUCGCUCGAUCUUACCACUAAGCUUCUGACGCACAAGGCGCAAAUCGAUACGAAAUGACAGUCUAAUCGCAUUUUACACGUCCGGACGUGCUUUUCUUUGCUUUACUCUAUCUUAUCUUACCUUACUUUCCACUUUAUUUCACCACAUGGUGAUUCAGUGAAACACCCAGGCUU